CGAUUAUACAUAACUUGUCCUACCCGUAAUCGAUUUUAUAAUUAUUUUAAUCUUGGGGGACAUUCAACAGUCAAAUAAUCUCAUCAGUUUCAACGAAUCACAAUACUACACGUGUAAUAGACUGGAUAAUUUUAAAUCAUACAAUAGUGUGUGUUAAGUAUAAAAUUUGUAUAUAACCAACCACGCUUGCUUAGCUCUUUAAAACCAUGGAUUGGUGCAUCAUGAGGGAUUUUAUUUUGACACUCUCCCUGUGGAACGUCUGCACGUGUACCGAUUUUGCUGGAGCUUCUGUGAAUGAGGCCGAGGAUGAAAAGGAAGGUGUUAUAAAUUUAAGAACACCUAGUCUGAGUGAUGAAGAGGCUCACAGUUUACACAUGCCAGCAGGACUCAAGUGUGACGGAUGUUUAGUCGUGGCAUAUCAGCUUGCAAGUGGGUUUAGCAAAGCUGAACGUGGACGACCUAAAAGACUUACAGAAUCAGAAAUCUUCGAUGUAACAGAUACUGUGUGUGGUCGUAAUGGGUUUGAUCAAUAUGGUGUUAAAGAAUUGAAAGGAAAGAAACAUUUAUCUGGUCCAGGAAUGCCAGCUAAUGACUCCCCUGGUAUAAUGCAGGGUGGUGGUAAAUGGCCUACAAGAUUACAAGCUAUGUGUUCUAACUAUAUAGGAGAACUUGGAGAAGAGGAAGUAUAUGAUGCGUACAGAGAAGACAAAACAUUAGUUAAACCUCUGUGUUAUGAUAAAGGAAUGUUUGGUUUGUGUUCUGAUCAAAAAGAGAAGGAUGAAUUGUAGAGACUACAAAUCAAUAGAACUUUUAACAACAAUCCAGGAAAAGGUUACACGUUUUGUUUUAUUUCAAAUCGAGGUUGGUUUGGAAAAAAAGAAGAUGCAAAUGGUAUACAAAUCUCUCCACAUGGUCCAAAGAAAAUAUUGAAAAUAUCAGCCUGGAAAGCUGUUCAACAUUUUAAAUAAUCAUUGGAUUAAAAAAUAUUCAGUUUUUCUAUUGUCAUAAUCAUUUUAUGAAAAGAGAAUGUGUAUUGUCAAAAGCUUUAAAUUGAAUUGUUUAUAUUUUUGUUAUUUUUAUUUGUUGAAAAGGCAAGCAAGGAUCUGAACAUUAUAGUUUUCUUAUACAUUGUUUUUUAGCCAUGAUUGACAAAGGAAUUUGAACUGUUUUAUUCCUUUACUCAUGCAAUUUAAUUUCAGGUAGACUGACAUUUCAACCAUUGUUAUGCAUGACAAACUGAUUCAGAAAGUGCAUAUCAAUCAUCUAAAACAGUAACAACAUUAUGCUCAAUACUUUGUACAAAACCUAACAAUGGUUUAUUUAUAGAAGGAUAUGCUUUCUCUUGCCAUUAUAGUGAGUGAUAGCUACAUGUAUAGAAAGCAUGAUAGUAUAGUGUUAAACAAAUGUUUCCAAAUUAUUGUUUGCCUUAAAGUUAGAUUUUUAGAGUUUUGUAUUUGAAUUAGUGUUUUUAAAUGAAUUGUUAAUAUUUUUUCAUUGUUGUUUUAAAAUUGAUUUUAAAUUACUUCAUGUCUGUUUUUCAAGAAUAAAAGAAGCUAGUAAUUUUUUUCUUAGCAAAACCAGAUAUUUCAUGAUUUUUUUUUACAAAAUUAAAAUAAGGAGGUGUGGUAGACAAUCAUUCAUCAACCAGAGACUUAUGGAUGAGGAUGGAAACACUUUAAAUAAGGUCUGUAUUUAUUUAUACAGAUUCAGAUAACAUUAUAAACAUUUGAUACAAGUUGUAUAUUAUUUUGAAUUUAAACUGUUCAAAUUGUACUAAAUUCCCAUAAUAUUGUUAAUGAAUCAGAAGUUCAAUAAACUUUUUACUGAACAUAAUAAUAUUGUAUAUAUAGUGUCUAAUUUUACAAUAAUGCAUAAUAAUUUAUUCCAUUUAAAUCAUAUAUUCAUAUAGAAUGUAAAUGUUGAUGUUCUAAAAAAGGGAGAUAACUUAAGCAAUGUAUGUCAGUUCUCCAGGAAAACUACCAAAACUUUUAUUUUUAAGACUAAGUUACAUUUAAUCACUUGGCAAAGGUGAUUUUUUUUCUUAAAAAUUCAGAUACUGUAUUUUUGUAUGCAAAAGAGUCAAAUUGUACAUUGAGAUACUAUAGCAUUGGUCAUUAACUGCUGUGUGCCUUUAUAACCCACCUUUAUAUUGUAACUUGUUAUUUAUCUUGUUUCUAUUUUGUAUUGUUUACAAUAAAAUUAUUCAGUUU